UCUUUUUUCUUUCAUAUCAGUCUAGAAAAGAAGAUCAGACGUGCUAUGGAAAUUCUAGACAAACUGACAAAGUGGACAGAGUCCGUUUCAUUUGCAAUGAGACACAGCUUCCGCAAGUGCCUCAAGACAACAACAGUUAUGACGGAGUCCAUGGAGUCAUGUGUCCCACCUGGAUUCCGGUUCCACCCGACGGACGAAGAGCUUGUUGGGUAUUAUCUAAGGAAGAAAGUUGCAUCGCAGAAAAUUGAUCUUGAUGUUAUCAGAGACAUUGAUCUCUACAGGAUCGAACCAUGGGAUCUUCAAGAGAGAUGCCGUAUCGGAUAUGAGGAGCAAAACGAGUGGUAUUUCUUCAGCCACAAGGAUAAGAAGUAUCCAACGGGGACAAGAACUAACAGAGCAACCAUGGCUGGUUUUUGGAAAGCAACAGGGCGAGACAAGGCAGUUUAUGAUAAAUCAAAGCUGAUUGGCAUGAGGAAGACUCUUGUUUUCUACAAAGGAAGAGCUCCAAAUGGACAGAAAACUGACUGGAUCAUGCAUGAAUACAGGCUUGAAUCCGACGAGAAUGGACCUCCACAGGAGGAAGGAUGGGUUGUGUGUCGAGCCUUUAAGAAGAGAACUACUGGUCAAACCAAGAGCAUUGAAGGGUGGGACUCAAGCUACUUCAAUGAUGAAGCAAGUGGUAUUAGUUCCGCGGUUGAUCCAAUCGAUUACAUCUCGAGGCAACCCCAUAAUUUUUUACCUCCAAAUUUCUUGUGUAAACAAGAGAUAGAGGCAGAUAAUUUAAACUUUGUCCACUCUGAUAAUUUUGUACAGCUUCCUCAGCUAGAGAGCCCAUCUCUGCCAUUGAUAAAGAGGCCAAGCUCGAUAUCUCUAAUAUCAGAGAGUAAUACUAAUUAUGAAGAAGAUCAGAACAGAAUGAGCAACAACACCCAGAAAGUUACUGAUUGGAGAGCCCUUGACAAGUUCGUUGCUUCUCAGCUGAGUCAAGAAGACAGAUAUGGUGGUGAUCAAGGAGGAGUUUCAAGCUUUGAUGCCAGUAAUAGUAGUGACACAGACAUGGCGUUGCUGCUAUUACAGAGUAGCGGUAGAGAAGAAGGGAACAAGUUGAACGAGUUCUUGAAUUCAAGUUCAGAUUGUGAUAUUGGAAUAUGCAUAUUUGAUAAAUGAAGGAUAAUAUAAGGAGUUCAUGAAGAUGCUUGUAUCGCUUAGUAUUAUAAACGUUUGAUGCAUAAUGAGACAUAUUUUUGUAAAAAAAAUGGUUGU